GGCACGCCUGCCCGGAGUCUCUUAGGACCCGGAUGAGGACAAGAUGGCGUGCUCGCGGGACAAAAAUUGAUAGGCCUGGAAGGACAUGUUGAACGUGGUUUUCUUGCAAACUUCCCUUCCAUCCCACUUGAUACGCAGCAUUCACAGCAUUCUGGUUACGCCAUGGCAGCAGCUGCAGUGAAACGGGUGAUAUCAAACACAGCUCUCUGGAGACAUUUAUCUCCAACCCAUGGAGCUUUAUAUUGUGUUUGCCAUAAAUCUACGUAUUCUCCUCUUCCGGAUGACUAUAAUUGCAAAGUAGAACUUGCUUUGACAUCGGAUGGCAGGACCAUAGUAUGCUAUCAUCCUUCCGUGGAUAUUCCAUAUGAACAUACCAAAGUACGUCCUAUCCCUCGGCCAGAUCCUGUGCUUAAUAAUGAAGAAACACAUGAUCAAGUGCUGAAAACCAGACUGCAAGGAAAAAGUGAACACCUUGAGCAGGGACCCAUGGUGGAGCAACUUAGCAAGAUGUUCUUCACUACUAAGCACCGCUGGUAUCCUCAUGGACAUUAUCACAGACGUCGUAAGAAGCUGGAUCCUCCCAAGGACAGAUGAUGCUGAGGUUCUUGGAAUCAAAGAAGAAUGCUAGCCUGUGCUCCAGUUUCCAUUUGAGAAAAUUCAGUCUGGUAUCUUCACCUUAUAUGUUACAUAGUAAAAAUAUCAUUAAAUAUUCUUUCAU